AAAUCCAGCAGGCGGCGGUAAUGUACCUGAAAGCUGUUUGCCAACCGCCAAAGAAAAACACGAGAAGGAGAAGAAGAGGCAUUUCGCGCACCAACUGGAACAGGUUCAGAGAGAAAGCGUCACACUGAGCAGUCAAUCAUGGCCAACCAAUCGAUGGAUAUCAUCACGAAGGUUUUGGAGCAGACAGCCAAGCUGGCGGAGGAGCAUGUGGAUGCACAGUUGAGCAAAAUCAAUGAAAUGGAUGAAGAUGAUUUGGAGAGAAUGAGGGAAAGGAGAUUAGAGGCUCUGAAAAAAGCCCAGAAACAGAAGCAGGAGUGGUUGUCUAAAGGCCAUGGAGAGUACAGAGAAAUCCCAAGUGAGAAAGACUUUUUCGGCGAGGUCAAGGACACCAAGAACGUUGUCUGCCAUUUCUACAGAAAUUCAACUUUCAGAUGUAAGAUCCUCGACAAACACUUGGCCAUCUUGGCAAAGAAGCAUGUUGAGACCAAAUUUAUCAAACUGAAUGUAGAAAAGGCCCCGUUUCUGACAGAGAGGCUGCGGAUCAAGGUCAUUCCUACACUGGCUCUGCUGACAGAUGGAAAAACAAAGGACUAUGUGGUUGGAUUCACUGACCUGGGAAACACGGACGAGUUUCCCACAGAGAUGCUCGAAUGGAGACUUGGCUGUGCAGAUGUUAUUAACUACAGUGGUAACAUGAUGGAGCCUCCUACAGUGACGCAGAGGCCGGGCACAAAGUUCACAAAAGUGGAGAAGAAAACCAUCAGAGGGCGAGGUUACGACUCUGAUUCUGAUUCUGGAGAUGACUGAAAAAUAUUGACAGCCGCCUGGUUUCUUCUCUCAGGGCUACCUCAUGAAAAAGUCUAACAGACAGCCCGCUUUUUUCUCCUCUCUUAUUUUCCUCAGUGACUUAAAUAUCCAUUACCCUUUCAAUUUUCCCUAAUUUAAUUUACUAGAUUUCAGAUCAAAUUAUUUUAUAAAAUCAAUAUUUGUUUCAGCAUUAUUUCAUAAAUUGUGUGUAAUGAUUUUUUAUCUAAACAAUUAAAUAAUAAAAUAUAUGCAAGGGGGAAAACAACAGGAAACAUUACACAGCAAAAUGUUGAGGAUGAUUCUCUGAGCCACUGCACCAUUUAUCCACUUGCUCUUAGCUUUGCUGUUGAUUUGUCUGUGUGAGUCUGAUGUUCUACUAGAAACCAUGAUGCAUGUGAGUGCCAAGAUCAUCUUUUUGCAUCCCAAUACCUUUUUACACAUUACAUUUCCUUGUAGCAAGAGUUUGACUUAAUCAAUGCAGACUUAAUAAAAACGUGUAAAAGGA